UAUCACUGAUUAAAAAGAACGCCCCAGAGUUCAUAGUAAACGACAGAGACACGGAAAUAGACAAGCUCAAAACUUACCUCGUCGGCGACCUUCUCGUCAUAUUAGAGGGCAUAGAGGUCAAGAUAGUUUGGCGAACAGAGGCUACCAUUAUGCCCACUAAGGGCGCCCAGUCCACAUUGACAACAUCAAUGCAGAUAGAUACCAUGACGAAGACAGUCUACGUCAGUGAGACUCCAAUGCUGACCCUGCCUGGCAGCUCUGGGACAUCCACGGUCUAUGUUGUGUAUGAUGCCACCUAUGCCAACAUGACAUAUGGACUCAAAUACACCAGUGAUCUGGCAAAUCCAAGCUCACAGCGAUACCGCGAGCUCGAAUCUAAAUUCUGUGAUGAGUUACGCCGUUAUUUCAAAUCCGCAAGCGUUUCAAAACAUUUACAACAGUGUCAGAUCGACUACUUUGAACGUUUUCCGAGCAACGUUAACUUCCAUCUCACAUUUUCGGCUCCAAACGGAGAAUAUAUACGGGAUGACAUCACACAUGUAUUUAAGAAUGUCGCACCUCAUGAAAUGCGAGAUGGAUUUGAUUUGGUGGAUAUUGGAGCACCGAAGUUGAUAUGGGACAGGUCUGACCUGGACCUCAAGGCCACUAACUAUACUGUGGAUACGAAGACUAUCAACAUCUCUCCAUCAACAACUAGUACUAUUUCCGCCACGACAACCAUUGUAUAUUCCGCGACGAAGGUAGAACUAACAUGUAAUUUGUACAACUGGAGUCUACCAAUCGAGUACUCCGAUCGCGCUACCCAUCCGUUCAAACAACAGGAGAAAAGUCCAUGUAGCGAUACCACACAGCAAGGCAAGAGCAAUUGUAUCUGUCCUCCAGGAUGGAAAGGCGCUUUCUGCGAAUACGAUGUGAAUGAGUGUAGACAGACUGACAUCUGUCAAAAUGGUGGAACUUGUGUCAACAUUCCUGGAUCCUUCUUCUGCUCGUACAACCGAGGCUGGACAGGGGACCUCUGUGACGUAGAUAUUAACGAGUGUACGCUGAAUGUGUGUCAACACAACGCUAGCUGUCUCAACACCCAGGGAUCGUUCCGGUGUGUCUGUCCUAACGGCUGGACAGGGAACUACUGUGAAUUAGACGUAUUUGAAUGUGUAGAAUACCCAGGAAUUUGUGCAAACGGAGCGACAUGCAUCAGCACACAGGGUGGAUAUAGGUGUCGCUGUCCACAAGGCUGGAAGGGAGACAACUGCACCGUUGAUGAUCCGGAGUGCCAUACGUUCCCGUGCCAGAACGACGGCACGUGUGUGGAAUUAGACGGCUCGUACCGCUGUGACUGUCAAGAAGGUUUUAUGGGCACUAACUGUAAAACAGAGAUCCCGGAAUGUGACGCUAUGCCUUGCCAGAACGGAGGUACAUGUGUAAACACGUUUGGAUCCUACUACUGCACCUGCUCGUUAGGCUGGGUAGGACUCAACUGUUCGACAGAUGUGAAUGAGUGUAGACAGACUGACAUCUGUCAAAAUGGUGGAACUUGUGUCAACAUUCCUGGAUCCUUCUUCUGCUCGUACAACCGAGGCUGGACAGGGGACCUCUGUGACGUAGAUAUUAACGAGUGUACGCUGAAUGUGUGUCAACACAACGCUAGCUGUCUCAACACCCAGGGAUCGUUCCGGUGUGUCUGUCCUAACGGCUGGACAGGGAACUACUGUGAAUUAGACGUAUUUGAAUGUGUAGAAUACCCAGGAAUUUGUGCAAACGGAGCGACAUGCAUCAGCACACAGGGUGGAUAUAGGUGUCGCUGUCCACAAGGCUGGAAGGGAGACAACUGCACCGUUGAUGAUCCGGAGUGCCAUACGUUCCCGUGCCAGAACGACGGCACGUGUGUGGAAUUAGACGGCUCGUACCGCUGUGACUGUCAAGAAGGUUUUAUGGGCACUAACUGUAAAACAGGACGCUAUGCCUUGCCAGAACGGAGGUACAUGUGUAAACACGUUUGGAUCCUACUACUGCACCUGCUCGUUAGGCUGGGUAGGACUCAACUGUUCGACAGGCUGCGCAGCCGGUCACCGGCUAGUGUGUCGUCUGUCAGGAUGAAGGUAUACCUAGCAGCCGUGGUAGCCCUGGCAUGUAUCAUUUCCACUGUCGGUGAGAUAGACGAAUGCGGACGUAAGCCGUGUGAUAAUGGUGCUGUCUGUAUCAAUACUCCAGGAUCAUACUACUGUAAUUGUAAAACCGGCUGGACAGGCCAGAACUGCUCCAAAGACACUGAUGAGUGCACACUUAUUGCACCCUGUAUGAAUGGUGCCACUUGUGUAAACACGGAGGGUGCCUAUACCUGUAUUUGUUCCAGGGGCUGGACCGGCCAGAACUGUGACGUUGACGAAGAUGAGUGUCAGAUGAACCCCUGUCGCCAUGGCGGCACAUGCAUGAAUCUGAUUGGCUCUUAUCGUUGUGAUUGUUCUGAGGGCUGGACGGGAAAUCUCUGUGAAAGAGAUCUAAAUGAAUGUGAAUCAGCUAUUGUGUGCAUGAACGGAGGCACAUGCAUCAACAAUCCUGGUUCAUUCACGUGCCGUUGUCCUGCUGGCUGGACCAGUACUACGUGUGAACAAGAUUUCAACGAAUGUGGAUCCCAAAACCCAUGUCUAAAUGGGGCGACAUGUAAUAAAAUCAACGGUUCCUUUGUGUGUAACUGUGUGGGUGGAUGGACUGGACAAGUUUGUGGAGAAGAUGUAAACGAGUGUCGAGAGUUGAUCGCUCCCUGCUCUAACGGAGGAACCUGUCGGAAUACCCCCGGAUCCUACUACUGUGUCUGUCCUCCAGGCAGGACUGGUAAACUCUGCAAGGAAGAUAUCAACGAGUGUCUCCAGUUUCCCUGUCUCAAUUCCGCGACUUGUAUUGAUAUGGCAGGAUCAUAUCGAUGUGAAUGUUCCCAAGGAUUUACCGGAAGUAACUGUCAUCUCGACAUUGACGAGUGUCUGACUUUGAAUCCCUGUCAACAUGGCGGCAGCUGCAUCAACCUCUUUGGCUCAUACAUCUGUCAGUGUCCACUAGGCUGGAGAGGGGUAAAGUGUGAGAACGAUUGGGAUGAAUGCCAGUUCAAUCCUUGUCUCCAUAACGCCACAUGUCUUAACACUGUUGGCGGUUAUCAGUGUUUCUGUCCUCUUGGCUGGACCGGCGAUCGUUGUGAGAGUGCCAAAGAUGAAUGCAGUAAGAUCCAGUGUCAGAAUGGAGGACAGUGUGUCAACAUCAUGGGCUCCUAUCGAUGUAAUUGUACGGAAGGCUGGCUCGGGCAGUACUGUGGUAUAAACGUCGACGAAUGUUUGUUAUCUCCCCCUGUCUGCAUGAAUGGCGCCACCUGCCAGGAUAAGCAAGGAGGUUUUAGUUGUAUCUGUGGUAUUGGCUAUAAAGGACCUUACUGUGAAAUAAACAUCAACGAGUGCCUUGAGGGUGCCUACCCUUGCUACAACGGAGCGACAUGUAUGGACAAUGAUGGUGGAUAUCGGUGUAUAUGUCCCACCCAGUGGUCAGGCCCACAGUGUAACAAUGAUAUCAAUGAGUGUACGGAGAUGGAUUAUAGCGUGUGUAUUAAUGGAGGAACAUGUAUAAACCUCGCCGGGAACUACACGUGUCAGUGUCCACCAGGAUGGUCCGGUCAGAGCUGUAACAUUGAUGUUAAUGAAUGUAUAAAUAAUCCAUGCUACAAUAACGCCACCUGUCGAAAUCUGGACGGAUCCUACAUCUGCCAGUGUACUUCCGGCUGGACUGGAGAUAACUGCCAAAUCGAUGAAAACGAGUGCCAGUUUAAUCCGUGUGAGAAUGGUGGAUCCUGCUAUAACAGGCCUGGGUAUUAUGAAUGCACCUGUUCUCCUGGAUGGGAGGGCAAAAAUUGCCAAAUAGAUGUGAACGAGUGUUUGACCAUGCCAUGUCUGAACGGAGGGUCAUGUAUCAACAGUACUGGCUCAUUCUCUUGUCAAUGUCCACCAGGCUGGCAAGGUGACAGGUGUGAAACAGACGAAGAUGAGUGUUUGCGCUUCCCAUGUCAAAAUGGAGGCACCUGUAGAAACCUACGAGGCUCUUACAAAUGUGACUGUCCCCAGGGUUGGUACGGUGACGAAUGUCUGAAAGAUAUCGACGAAUGCAAGAACCUUACCUGUAAAAAUGAUGGCCGCUGUAUCAAUACCCCGGGCUCUGUCCAGUGUCUGUGUGGCAGAGGAUGGACUGGGAAAUUCUGUGAUGUUGAUGUUGACGAGUGUAAUGUCAUGUCCUGUCUGAAUGGUGGAACGUGCCUAAACACAGCGGGUGGCUAUAAAUGCCUCUGUCCACCAGGUUACACGGGUGAAGUCUGUAACCUAGACCGAAAUGAGUGUAUGUUGUACCCCGGUAUCUGUCAGAACGGUGCCCUCUGUGUCAACACCAUCGGUACCUAUACAUGUCGCUGUCUGAUUGGCUGGACCGGCACCAACUGUACCGAGGACGAGAACGAGUGUCUACAAGACCCCUGCCUUAAUGGUGGUACAUGUAAUAACUUACCUGGAACAUUUGACUGUAACUGUCCACAGAACUGGAAGGGCCAGAGGUGUGAAUUGGAUUACAACGAGUGUUCCGAGGUAGGUAUCUGUCAAAAUGGCGGACUAUGCAUCAAUAUCCAAGGAUCCUACAUGUGCCAGUGCCAAACUGGUUGGACGGAGAAAUAACUGUGAGAUAGACGUAGACGAGUGUUUGGUAGGACCCUGCCAGAAUGGUGGCACUUGCCAGAAUACACUUGGAUCCUACACCUGUCUUUGUGAGAAUGGAUUCACAGGAGGAAAUUGUGAGAUAGAUGUUAAUGAAUGCCUUACGUCCCCUUGCCAGUUCGGAGGAACAUGUAUAAACACGGUGGGCUCCUACUUAUGUCAAUGUCCCCCAGGCCGCUCAGGCAUUAACUGUGUCGGAGAACAAUGACAUUGGUUGCUGUACUGUUAAUGUUGUCUGAUGGAUUCAGAGCUUUGUAGUCAACUUCAGGUUGGAAACGACAGAGAAUGUACAGGGUUAGUACAUACGAAAUAUAUUAAAGACGAUAACGCUGGGAGGAACAGGGAUGCCGAAGGAUAGGUACUACAGCCAUGCUCCGACGGGCAAUGACGACUUGUAACAUCACGUGUAACACGUCAAAAUAACAAAAAGAAUAAAUGAUUUUCAUAGUA